AUGAUCCGAUUCAUACUAUUGCAGAACAGACAAGGCAAGACGCGUCUUGCCAAGUACUAUGUUCCUCUCGAAGAGUCCGAGAAACACAAAGUCGAAUACGAGGUUCAUAGAUUGGUAGUGAAUCGCGACUCAAAAUUCACCAAUUUCGUCGAGUUUAGAACACAUAAGGUUAUAUACCGGCGCUAUGCGGGAUUGUUCUUCUCGUUGUGCGUCGAUAUAACGGACAAUGAGUUGGCUUACCUUGAAUGCAUCCACUUGUUCGUCGAGAUUUUGGACCACUUCUUCAGCAAUGUUUGUGAGCUUGAUUUGGUUUUUAACUUCCACAAGGUGUACUUAAUACUUGAUGAAUUCAUUCUUGCUGGAGAGCUUCAAGAAACAAGCAAGCGGGCGAUCAUUGAGAGGAUGUCUGAGCUGGAGAAGCUGGAGUGA